UCCGAGCGUCAAUUAGAGAGACAUUGCUGUAAUCUGUUUUCCGCAUAGAAAAUAAUAUUUCUACGAGCUCGAUGGAAGAUGCCUGGAACAAAAGUCACAGCGAGAAUUCCAAAGAAACCGACGGAGCAAGUUAUUUGCAACGUAUUCGGGAUUGUUUGGCUGCUUAUCAAGAGUCCAACGGCGUUCCGAACACGGAAUAUUCAUUCGCGACGCUUAUCAAAGCAUUGGGUCAAGCCACUAGUCAGUCCCUCCUCGCUCUCUUAUACGUGAUAUUGAACAUUAUACCCGUCGCACAGGUAUUCCUUUUCGUGCUACGAUUCAUUUUGGACAAAAUGAUCAGCAUAAGGGACAGCAAAGACUUUCGGCAGAUGAUGAUCCGAAGCUUCGUAUUCUUGACGGAACUGUUCAGCGUGUACAUCUGUCUAUUUUUUAUAUUCGGAUUUAUCAUUUUACCAAUCGUGCAGGUGGUAAUUGGCAUAAUUGUAGAGAUCAUGCUCUACUAUUAAUUUCAAUUGCGCCACCGCCGAGUUAAAUUCCGAGCGGUCAUUGUUACGUGGAAUCGGUGCAAUCGUGAACUGUUGUAGAGGUAUAGGAAUUAUUAUUCGAUUUUUAUAGCGUUUUUUGGAGUUUUGUACGUUUUUCUUUU